AUGUAUGAAGAAGCACAUUGUAUUAACGUGAUGACGUUUCAGGAUGAGCAGAUGGAUGCAUCGGUGACCGAGACGUACCUUGGAGAGUGGAAAAACGAUAGGAGAACAGGAUUCGGAAUAUCGGAACGAAGCGAUGGCCUCCGAUACGAAGGGGAGUGGUUCAACAACCGAAAAUACGGCUACGGAGUGACGACGUUCCGCGACGGAAGCAAGGAGGAGGGAAAGUACAAGAACAACGUCUUGAUAACGAGCCAGAAGAAAAAACACCUCUUCCUCAUCCGCUCAGCAAAGUUCAGAGAGCGAAUAGAGGCGGCAGUGAACGCCGCUCAGCGGGCGAGCAAGAUCGCCCUGCAGAAGGCGGACAUUGCGAUAUCGCGGACGGCAACCGCUAGAGGGAAGGCCGAGCUUGCUGACAUAGCGGCGGAACAUGCGCGUGAGGAUUCGGACAUCGCGCAGCACACCGCGCGCCAGUUUGCGCCCGACUUUAGGCAGCCAGGACUGGAGCGCCUGCGCAACCGCGAGAUUCCAAAGUACGUCCCGCCGCCACAGGACGCAGCUCCGGCCAAAAGCAUCCUACUCAAGAGCGGCGGGGCUCAGGAUCAGGCCCAAACUCAGGGCCCUUCCGCGCCGGCAGAGACGACCGCGAGUCCCGCAGCGCCAAAUCAGUCCUUGACUCAGUCGAUAACGCAGUCCAUGCGACGGGCUAGCAUGCGACCGGCGCAGAGCCUGAGCCAGAAUCAAAACCCGGUCGGUAGCACUCAGAGUCAACAGAACCAGAACCAGUAUACGGCUCAGAGUCAGAACCAGUACACGAACCCGGCCUCCAGCAAUCCGUAUAAUCAAACGCAGCCCAAUCUUAGCAACCAGAUGCAAAAUCAGUUUCAACAGCAGUACGUAGCGCAGAAUUCUUAUGGUCAGGGAGGGCAGAGCCAGUUCGGAGCACAGAACAACGGCGGCACUCUCACGCAGUUCGGACAGAACCAGGCGCAGAAUCAAGAGCAGACCGAACAGUAUCAGGUUUACCAGACCGCACAGGGGUACCAAAACCAGUACCAGAAUCAGCAAGGGUAUCAGAACCAGCAGUCAUUCGUUUCUUGCUGUAUGCUAAUAUCACCUCUCAAUACCUCCACUGGUCCAAUGACGCAGCUACCCCACAUGAAUCAGUUUUACGGAGAACAACUGUACCGCGUAAGCCGUAUUGUCAUUAGUAGUCCUUGUUUCUCCUCUUUGGAAGAAAAAUAUAAGCAUAUCCUUCGAUACCAUUUAAAGGAACUUGUUAUGGUGCACAUGAGUAUGGAGAGUUUCUCAGUGGAGAGUGAAUCGAUUAAACCGACAGACGAAACAUACACACAAGUUUCUCAGUAUCGAACAUUGAUACCAACACACAAAACCGAAACACUAUAG